CCGCUCCUUCUUCCUUCACUACUCUUCUCAUCUCUUUCGUACAGACAUUCUUCCAUCUCUCUCUACCUUAUCUCAAUCUUCUCUCAUCUGCAAUAACAAAUCUCGAUCGGUUGAUUGAUCCAUUGCGCGGCAACCAAUAUGGAUGAAGAAUACGACGUCAUCGUCCUCGGCACCGGCCUCAAGGAGUGCAUUAUCAGCGGCCUUCUCUCCGUCGAUGGCCUCAAGGUUCUGCACAUGGAUAAAAAUGACUAUUAUGGAGGAGAAUCCAGCUCCCUUAGUCUCAUUCAGCUUUGGAAGCGGUUUAGGGGGACCGAUCAACCUCCAGAACAGUUAGGAGCUAGCAAAGAGUACAAUGUUGAUAUGAUUCCGAAGUUCAUGAUGGCGAAUGGGACCUUGGUUCGAGUGCUCAUUCAUACUGAUGUUACAAAGUAUUUGACCUUCAAGGCUGUGGAUGGUAGUUUUGUGUACAACAAGGGGAAGAUCUACAAAGUUCCGGCUACUGAUGUUGAAGCACUUAAGUCCUCACUGAUGGGUCUGUUUGAGAAGCGCCGUGUCAGAAAAUUCUUUCUUUAUGUUCAAGAAUUUGAGGAGUCUGAUCCAAAAACUCAUCAAGGGAUGGAUUUGAACGCAAUUACAGCAAAAGAUUUUAUAACAAAAUACGAACUUGAAGAUGAUACAAUUGAUUUUAUUGGUCAUUCCUUAGCACUUCAUACCGAUGAUAACUACUUAGCUCAGCCGGCUAUAGAAUUCGUGAAGAAAGUCAAGCUUUAUGCAGAGUCUUUGGCACGCUUUCAAUCAGGGUCUCCAUAUAUCUAUCCUAUGUAUGGACUGGGAGAAUUGCCUCAGGCAUUUGCACGUCUUAGUGCAGUUUAUGGUGGGACAUACAUGCUAAACAAGCCUCAGUGUAAGGUGGAGUUCGACGACAGUGGAAAAGCCUAUGGUGUGACCUCUGAAGGAGAAACAGCUAAAUGCAAGAAAGUUGUCUGUGAUCCAACCUAUUUAACUGAUAAGGUCCAUAAGGUUGGAAAAGUUGCUCGGGCAGUAUGCAUAAUGAGCCAUCCUAUCCCCGACACAAACGACUCCCAUUCUGCUCAGGUUAUUCUGCCACAGAAACAACUUGGUCGCAAAUCAGACAUGUACUUGUUCUGCUGCUCUUAUACUCACAAUGUUGCCCCCAAAGGCAAAUAUAUAGCCUUUGUGUCGACAGAAGCCGAAACUGAUGAUCCAGAAACAGAAUUGAAGCCUGGAGUAGAUCUACUUGGGCCUGUGGAUGAGAUAUUUUACGAGACUUAUGACAGAUUUGUGCCAACAAAUGAUUGCACUGCAGAUAAUUGCUUCAUAUCAAAUAGCUAUGAUGCAUCAACACACUUUGAGUCCACAGUACGGGAUGUGCUUGAAAUGUAUACCAAAAUUACUGGAAAGACUGUUGAUUUGUCCGUAGAUCUGAGUGCUGCAAGUGCUGGUGGGGAACAAUAGGUUUAUUUUUCAUAUCAGGUGCCCAUGAAACUGGGUUGAAGGUAGAAUCAAAGAAAGAAGUUCCACUCAGCUCCAGAAGAAGAAUAUCCCCAGUAGACGUUCUCUGUUCAAAUUGUUAUUUAAUUUUGCUUGUUUUUUUUUUUUUUUUUUUUUUUAUGUCAAGUGCAACAAUCUCUUUACUAAUUGUAUCUCGGUAUUAUGUCAAUGAUGAACUCUAUGAACGCUCUGUUGUUUUCUUUAUUCGUUUGCAAAA